AUGAGUUCCUUAUCGAAAUUUUUCAAGUCUAAGAAGAAUGAUAAACCAGAGACUCAAACGGCAAUUCAUAAGCUUAGAGAAACACAUGAAAUGCUCACAAAAAAGUCGGCCUUUCUGGAAGGAAAAGUUGAUGAGCAGAUAGCUUUGGCCAAAAAAUACGGUCUUAAAAACAAAAGAAUGGCACUUCAGGCCUUGGCUCGCAAGCGUAACUACGAGAAGCAAUUAGCUCAGAUUGAUGGGACUCUCAAUACAAUUGAUAGUCAUAUCGAAGCUCUCGAAAAUGCUGGAACAAAUGUCGAGGUUCUUAAUGCCAUGCGAUAUGGGUCAAACGCCUUAAAAAAUGUCCACAAAAACAUGACUGCUGAUGAUGUACAGAAUAUUAUGGAUGAUAUACAAGAACAACGAGAUACGUGCCAGGAAAUCUCUAAUGUAAUAUCCACCCCUAUGGGUCUAAAUGCAGACUACGAUGAAGAUGACCUUCUUCGUGAACUUGAAGAGCUUGAGGCUGAAGGUGUUGAACAAAAAUUGCUGGAUAUUAAUCGGAUACCUCAAUUGCCUAAUGUCCCAGAUUCUGAUUUGUCAAUACCUGUAGCAUCCAAAAGUGCAUCAAGUAAGAAAGCAAUUGAAGAUGACGAUAUUGGAGCACUUGCUGAAUGGGCUAAUUAA